ACUGAGCGACGAAAUAGUUUGACUGACGCUCUUCUUCGCGACUAGGAGGGAAAAGGCAAAAUAUAUUUAGUCUGUUUUCUCAACAAAUGUAAAGAUUUCUUCCCCACCAGGAAAGCAUGUGAACAUUCUCUUCUGGCCAUUCUCCUGGAACGACAAUAACCUUCAAGAGAUUCAAGAUGAGCACCCAGCUCAAGUAUGUGGUUGAGCAACUCAACAAAGAUCCUUUUCGGAGGAACUAUAACCUGAUCAGCUUCGAUGCCUUAGAGCCCCUUCAGCUAUUGCAGGUGCUCAAUGAUGUCUUGUCUGAAAUCAACCCCCAGCACAAGCUUGACAUCAGAGAGGAAACACCAGAUGCUACAGCAAUGAGAAUGUUGGCUGAACUCAAAGUCCUCAAAUACAAGCCUUCAGUGGAGCCGGCUACCUUUCGGCAGGGCCUUGUAGCUGGAAACAAGCCUGUGGUCUAUUCAAUAUUGGAAUGGUUAUUCCAAAAGAUGCCCGAGCUGAAGAAGAGGGCGUAUCUAGCCAGGUUUCUUGUGAAGAUUGAAGUACCUGGUGAAAUUCUACAAGAGGAAGCUGUAAUGGAUACAUACACACAGUAUGAGGCGCUGGUCGAUGGCUUCAUGGAGCUUCACAGGACUUCAGAAACACUGAAGACAUCGGGUUUCUCUACGACGGAGAUCAAGAAAGAUAUAUCACAGAUGGAAGAUGAGAAAGAUCAACUCACAAAGAGGAUUGAAAGGCUCAAGAAAAAGGUGGAGACAGUUCCAAAUUAUGAGCAUAUGAUGUCCAUUGCAAGGAAUUUCAGGAAGGAGCAAGAGAGAGAAGCCUCACUGGCACAGCAAAGGCAAGAACAGAAAAACCAGCUUCACCAUGCCGAGCAGAGACUGCAGCGCAUGAAGCAACAGCUCAAAGAUUUAAAGCAGUCUACAGUAGGAGUUUCCGCUGAGGACCUGGUGAAGAAACUUGACGAGGAGAACAAGGUGAACGCUUACAUGUGCGAGGAGAAGCUUCCCAAAGACCUGGAGAACUUGAGGAAAGCCUGUCAAGACCUGGAGAGGGUCGUCAACGAGCCGGCCAUGGGACAAGGAGACCUUGAAGAGAUCCAGAAUCAGAUCAAAGCUGUCAACUCCGAAGUCAAUGGCUUGAUCGAGAAGCGAAUGAUGAGCAACGACCCCAAGGAUGACAAGCUCUCCCUCUUCCGCCAACAAGCCUCCAUCAUUGCCAGAAAGAAGGAAGGUCGAGCGGAUGCCCUGAGAGAGGCCAAGGAAGAGCUAAUACAAGCCAAGCAGGAGCUCGCAGAGAAGAGGGAGUCGGCGAAAAAUCUGGAAGGGGAGGAGGUCUUGAAAGGAGAUGAAUUCAAGCGAUAUGUUAACAAGCUGCGUGGCAAGAGCACAGAUUACAAGAGGAAGCGUCAGGAAUUGGCAGAAUUGCGUGCUGAGCUAGGUGUCCUCUCUCGGACAGAGGAAGUCCUCAAGCAACGAGAUGAACAGAUACAGCAUCGCCUGUCCAAAUUGGAAGCGAAGAAGGGUGUGGCUGGUUACCACGACACCCAAGAGGAGUUAGAGAAAGUAUCUACAAUCAAGAGUGAAUUAGAUGAUGUCAAAGGUCGCACACUGGAAGACAUGUCACAGCUGGUACAAAAGUUGAAUACGAGCAUAGCGUCCAAGAAAGCGAACCUGGCACCCAUCAUUAAGGAACUGCGCCCUCUACGUCAGCAGGCACAGGAGAUGCAGGUGGUAUAUGACGACAAGAAGACAGCAUAUGACACCAAGGCAGCUGGGCUGGAAAGCAACCGUUCAAAGCUUGAGCAGGAGGUGAGAGCUUAUCGUGAGGAGUGCAGUCAGGAGGAGAGCCGGUAUCACUACCUUCAUUGCAUGCUGCAGAUUGUCGAGAUGCAGAACCAGCGGGUCGCCAGCGAGAUGAAGGCGUACACCUCGGCCGAUCAGAUGGAGAAGAAGAAAGCUUUCAGGGAUCAGUACACACGCAAGCUACAAGAGCAAGAAAAUCUGGGCAAGAGUUUACGUGAGAAGCAGAAGGCGGUCAAGGAGAGCCACGGACCAAGCAUGAAACAGAUGAAGAUGUGGGGCGACUUCCAGCUCCUCAUGGAAUGCAAGAAGAGAUGUUUCCUCAGCCAGAGGCAGGACCAGGACGCCGGGAGGAUAGUCAGGGAUGAGGCGGCCAACGAGGAGAGGCUCGUUCUCUAGGACAUCGUCAUCCAAGGGUAACAAAUAAUGAUAUUCAGGACCACAUUCUGUUUGACCCAAUAAUCUUUAAUAAAGAGUCCCUGAAAGAUUUUAAAAAUACAUUCAAUGUAAAGAGAAAUAAAAUAAUAAUAAUAAUAUAGGAUAUUUAUCUUGCGCACAUAUCCACCUUGUUAGGUGCUCAAGGCGCUCCUAUAUUACCUGGCUACACACUAAGCUACACACUAAGUGGCCAUUUACAUUGUAUGGCAGGAGUAUCUUUUAUUAAACAUAUUAGAAAGGUUUGAA